GUGCCCGGGCUCCGGCUCGGUCGGAUGGCCCGCUCCCGCCGGGAUCCGGAGUCGGACCCCGAGUCGGUGUUCCCUCGGGAGGUCGGGCUCUUCGCCGACGUUUACUCGGAGAGGAGCCGGUUCUACUUCUGUGGCCACGUACUGAGCAUCACGCAGAACUUCGGGUCCCGCCUCGGGGUGGCGGCGCGCGUGUGGGACGCGGCUCUGAGCCUGUGCAACUAUUUCGAGAGCCAAAAUGUGGAUUUUCGCGGCAAGAAAGUGAUCGAGUUGGGCGCGGGGACGGGCAUCGUGGGAAUCUUGGCAGCGCUGCAGGGGGGGGAUGUUACCAUCACUGACCUGCCUCUGGCCCUAGAGCAGAUCCAGGGCAACGUCCAGGCUAAUCUGCCAGCUCCAGGCCGGGCCCAGGUCCGCGCUUUGUCGUGGGGGAUUGACCAGCAUGUCUUCCCGGGAGACUAUGACCUGGUGCUGGGGGCGGAUAUCGUGUACCUGGAGCCCACCUUCCCUCUGCUGCUGGGGACCCUCCAACACCUGUGCGGGCCCCACGGCACCAUCUAUCUGGCCUCCAAGAUGAGAGAGGAGCAUGGGACAGAAAGCUUCUUUCAGCACCUCCUGCCCCAGCACUUCCAACUGGAGCUGGCCCAGCGGGAUGAGGAUGAGAAUGUGAACAUCUAUAGAGCCAGGCACAGGGAAGUGAGACCCGCUUGAUGUCACCUCUCCUGUCUCAGCUCCUUGUCCCAGUGAAGGAACUGCGUAUCUCCAAAGCCGUCCCUUCAGCACCGUAAACGUGAGGACCAAAAAGGAUCAAUUCCUCUCCCCUCUUUCUCUCCUCCUUCCUUUCUGAUUCCCUCAGACAGUCUGGGGCAAAUACAGGGAGGUGCCUGCUUGCUGAGAAUCCGAGAGUCCUGGCAGUGCUCACGUUUCCGCGCAGAGGAGGUUCCUAGCUCCUGUUAUGGGAAGGUGCCCAGGAGUUUCAGGAGUCAGGGAGGUAAAUAACACAUUUGAGCAGUGGCUGCAGACUGUCUCUGAUAACAUCCGGUCCUGCUCUUGUCUGUUGUCUGUUUAUACAGGAUAGACUUAAAACAAAACAAACAAACCCGGAACUCCCCCCCCAAAAAAACCAAAUUCUGUGGAUUUUUUUUUUUCAG